UGAGACCAUUUAAGCGGAAGCAUCUUACAGCCAUUGAGUGCCAACAUCUCGCUCAGAGUCACUUGGCUGCAUCCCAGUCCUUUGGUCAAAUAUGGACAAGCAGAGAUCCGAACCAUGGUCUCUAUCCUAGACCCAGAACCAAAAGAGGAACCAGGGGUCGAGGAUGCCUGAGAUACAGCCUUGACUUCUUCCUCGCUGGCCAGCAGCGGUGCACCAAUGACAUGGCCAAAAGCAAUUCUGUGGGCCAGGACAGCUCUAAGGACUCAGAGGAUGAAAUGAUCUUCGCGGCAGGAAGCCCCUGUGCCCUGCCUCCGGGGGGAGACGGAGAAGCCAGGCUGCACUCGUCAGGGUCCGCUUUGCCUGCAAGGAAGCGGUCUCGGUCUUUAGAGGACGAGAGGAAUCCAGCCCCAGGGACCAGUCCGUGGGAUGGGGUGUCCAAGAAGACCCCAUGGCGUCACUCGUCCCCAUCGUGCAUACAGCCCAGGGAAGCCAGGCCGGAAGCAGAGGUCGGGGUGGGGCAGCUCAGCAUGCAGCCUGAAGAACCCAGCCAGGAGGUGGAGGACAUUGGCCUGGACCCCGUGCCCGACUCUCACUACGGGCUCCUUGGGACCUUGCCCAGCCAGGAGCCCCCGAGCCACAUCUGCAGCCUGCCCAGCGAGGUCCUGAGGCACAUCUUUGCUUUCCUGCCCAUGGAAGACCUCUACUGGAGCCUGAGCUUGGUGUGCCACCUCUGGAGGGAGGUCAUCCGUGACCCGCUGUUCAUUCCUUGGAAAAAGCUGUAUCACCGAUACCUGAUGAAUGAAGAGCAAGCCGUCAGCAAGGUGGAUGGCAUCCUGUCGAGCUACGGCAUAGAGAAGGAGUCGGACCUGUGCGUGCUGAACCUCAUCCGCUACACAGCCACCACGAAGUGCUCCCCGAGUGUGGACCCUGGACAGGCGCUGUGGAGUCUGAGGGAUCACCUCCUCCUCCCCGAGGCAGAGGCCUGCGUGCGCCAACACCUCCCUGACCUCUAUGCUGCCCCUGCUGGCGUCAACGUGUGGGCCUUGGUGGCGGCCAUCGUCCUCCUGUCCAGCAGCGUCAGCGACAUCCAGCAGCUGCUCUUCUGCCUGCGGCGGCCCAGCUCCACCGUGACGGUGCCAGACGUCACCGAGACCCUGUACUGCAUCGCUGUGCUGCUCUACGCCAUGCGGGAGAAGGGGAUCAGCAUCAGCAACCGAGGCCGGAGCGUGCUCCGGGGACAGGAGGCGCCGUUCGGUCUUGCACCGUCCCGGGGCCGCGUGCACGCUCGCGGCUGCGUCCUGUUCCCCAGAGGGCACAGAUUCUUAUCCACUGCGCCACCAGGAAAGUCCCUUCUUUUUUUUUUCUCAUUAAAUUUUACUUAUUCCAUUUGGUUUCCUGUUUGGGUUUUGGUAGUCUGUCACCCGAUCUUUUCAGUUCCUUGCGCUUUUCCUAAUUUCUCUUCUGUAAUGAUUAGAAAGAAAACAACCAUCCAGCUGACACAUGAACAGCAGCUGAUCCUAAGCCAUAAGAUGGAGCCUCUCCAGGUGGUGAAAAUAAUGGCGUUUGCAGGCACCGGGAAGACCUCCACACUGGUCAAGUACGCUGAGAAGUGGUCUCAGAGCAGGUUUCUAUACGUGACUUUCAACAAGAGUAUCGCCAAGCAGGCGGAGCUCGUCUUCCCCAGCAACGUCAUCUGCAAGACCUUCCACUCCAUGGCCUAUGGUCACAUCGGGCGCAAGUACCAGUUGAAAAAGAAACUGAAUCUCUUCAAGUUAACCCCCUUCAUGGUCAACUCCGUCCUCACUGAAGGGAAGGGCGGCUUCAUCAGGGCCAAGCUCGUGUGCAAGACUCUGGAAAACUUCUUCGCCUCAGCCGACGAGGAGCUGACAAUCGACCAUGUGCCUAUCUGGUGCAAGAACAGCCAGGGGCAACGAGUCAUGGUUGAACAGAGCGAAAAGCUGAACGGAGUCCUCGAAGCAAGCCGGCUUUGGGACAACAUGCGGAAGCUGGGCGAGUGCAAGGAAGAGGCUUACCAUAUGACGCACGAUGGCUACUUGAAACUCUGGCAGCUUAGCAAGCCCCUGCUGGCCUCUUUUGACGCCAUCUUUGUGGACGAGGCCCAGGACUGCACCCCAGCCAUCAUGAACAUCGUUCUGUCUCAGCCCUGUGGGAAGAUCUUUGUGGGAGACCCCCACCAGCAGAUCUACACCUUCCGCGGCGCCGUCAAUGCUCUCUUCACGGUCCCUCACACGCAUGUCUUCUAUCUCACACAGAGUUUCCGGUUCGGUGUGGAGAUAGCCUACGUGGGAGCUACCAUCUUGGAUGUCUGCAAGCGAGUGAGAAAGAAGACAUUGGUUGGAGGCAACCAUCAGAGUGGCAUCCGGGGUGACACGAAGGGGCAGGUGGCUCUUCUGUCCCGCACCAACGCCAACGUGUUUGACGAGGCCGUCCGGGUCACAGAGGGAGAGGUGCCUGCCCGGAUUCACUUGAUUGGGGGGAUUAAAUCGUUUGGAUUGGACAGAAUCAUUGAUAUUUGGACACUUCUGCAGCCAGAGGAAGAACGGAAGAAACGAAACCUCGUCAUUAAAGACAGGUUCAUCAGGAGGUGGGCGCACAAAGAGGGCUUCAGCGGCUUCAAGCGAUACGUGACCGCGGCCGAGGACAAGGAGCUGGAAGCCAAGAUCGCAGUCGUGGAGAAGUACAACAUCCGCAUUCCAGAGCUGGUGGCGAGGAUAGAGCGGUGCCACAUAGAGGACUUGGACUUCGCAGAGUACAUCUUGGGCACCGUGCACAAGGCCAAGGGCCUGGAGUUUGACACCGUGCACGUCCUGGACGAUUUUGUGAAAGUGCCCUGUGCCAAGCACAACCUCGCACAGCUGCCCCACUUCAGAGUCGAGUCGUUUUCUGAGGAUGAGUGGAAUUUACUGUAUGUAGCUGUAACUCGUGCCAAAAAGCAGCUCAUCAUGACCAAAUCUCUGGAGAACAUUUUGACUUUGGCUGGGGAAUACUUCUUGCAGGCGGAGCUGACGAGUAACGUGCUGAAGACAGGCGUGGUGCGCUGCUGCGUGGGCCAGUGCAGCAACGCCAUCCCUGUGGACGCCGUGCUCACCAUGCGCAAGCUGCCUAUCACUUACAGCAACAGGAAGGAGAACAAGGGUGGGUACCUGUGCCACUCGUGUGUGGAGCAGCGCAUCGGGCCACUGGCCUUCCUGACCGCCUCCCCCGAGCAGGUGCGCGCCAUGGACCGCACAGUGGAGAACGUUGUGCUGCCCCGGCAUGAGGCCCUGCUCUUCCUUGUCUUCUGAGCGUGGACCCUGUUCUCCUCCCACCGGGAUGCCCGGGGGGCUCCUGCCCCUGCAGACACCGGCAUGGGGGGCUCCCUCCCUGAGGCCAGCCUUGCUCACAGAGCAUUUUCCAAGGAUGAUGACGACUGCCAGAGUUGGACCUGGUUUGUCUUCACCCCUGGAGGUAGUCAGACCCUGCCGCCCCUCCUCCACGUCAGCGGGCCAGGAACGUGGGGGAUGGUCUUUUGAUAAAAAAAAAAAAUUUAUGUAUUUAAACUUUUAUUACAAGGUCUCAAUUAAACAGGCAUUGUAGCACUGGCAUUCCACCGUGUGAGGCCCCUGCCUUCACCCCCGCUGUUCCUGGACUUUCUCCGUUUCUCCGCUUACUGUUGUCGAAGCUCUGUGACUGUUCACAUCAUGCACUGAGCAGAGCAGGAGGCUUUGUGUCCAGGGUGACAGCUGACAUAUCAGAAGCAAGGUUUUCCAUGCUCUGGGGAGUCACGCACAUGUGAGACCCAGGGUGCGCCUUUGUCAUCGUGGGGCUCACAGCCUGAGCAGGGAGGCAGCACGACACAUAACAAGUGCAGUGACCCUAGCCAGAUGUCUCGCAUCCCUGCAGGCAGAAUAGAAGACCAGAGCCCGAGAGAGGGGCGAGGCCGGCCAGCCACCACGCAGGACACAGGCACUGGUUCCUGGUCGGGUGCUGGGGGGUGUCAGUGGUAAAGCUGUUCUCGCAGAGAUGUGGCUUAGCCACAUGUGGAUCUGGUAUUUUCACACUUUCGCCAUGCAGCACAUCAGGGAUGCAGGCGGCAGGUGGGGCACUGCUGGAGCUCCCUGGCUCUGGUGUCUGAGCCCAGGCCACUGAGUGGGGAGCGGAUUUCUCGCCCUGUGCGGCGCCCCGUCUCUCCCCCGUCGGGCCUCUGGUGGAGCUUAGUGAGCGAGCAGCCCGGUGAGGAAAGCAAGGGUGCUGGCAGACGGGGUGGCCGUGUGGAGAGGGUGAGGGCUGCGUUAACAUCUGCACGGGGAGGAGGAUUCACACGUGGGCCCUGAGCACAGCUGGGGCGGACGUCCUCACCCCCCUGCCGUGCUCCUGGCCCAGCCUCGUGCUCCUGGCCCAGCCUCGCUUGGUGCUCCUGGAUCACUUGUAACAAAGCAGCGAGUGGGAGGGGGUGGUUUGGAUUUGCAGGGCACAGUGUUCAGAGUCCUUCAGUAGAAGGAUUUGGGGAGGGGAUGGCUAGGGAGGGGCCUACGAACAUGUUUUCUGGAAGUCUGGUUUUGCUCACUGGAGAGGAAGGUGCUUGCGAUUGUUGGAGGAGUAGAUAAUAGGCCUCCACUGAGCACAUGUUGGGCAGGCCUGACCAUGGGUGUCUAGAAUCACAUGCAGUCCUGACUCGGAGAGGGCAGUGAGGAGUGUGAUGCUAUGUGGGGGGUUAGGGGGGCAUCCAGAGCUGGAACCGCACUGCUGCUCUGGGGCCUGAGAGGCGUCCAUCAGAGAGGAGGGCGGGGGACCACCAGAAUGGGUGGUGCUGGAGCUGUGUUUAGUAUCGGAGUGAGUGACUAGCUACCUACUAAAGAAGGAGAGAACCUUCUAGAAAGGAGCAACAUGAAGGACAAAUACGGUGCCACAGUAAAACAUCAGUGUUAGUAUUUUAGUACUUAUUUAAAAAAAAUAGGAUCCAGGAAUUGAUACUGGUACUUUAUUUUUUAAGUGUUAUAUAAGAAUUUCUAAAAUGUCAGUAAAAUCAAAUAGUUGAUGUGUUUCAAAUAGAAAACUAAUUUUUAAAUACACAGUAAAAAUAGAAAUGUUAUUUAUUUUAGUUUCUUAAGGAAAUCAGUAAUCAGUUUAUUAAGAUAGAAAUUCCUAUAUAAAAUUUAUAGUUUUGUUAAAUAUACUUAUAAAGUUAAUUAUAUUCUAUUUAUUUUUAUUACAGAUUUUUUUAUUGAAGUAUAGUUGAUUUACAAUAUUAUAUUAGUUUCAGGCGUACAACAUAAUUUAAUAUUUUUAUAGAUUAUACUCCAUUUAAAGUUAUUAAAAAUGGUUAUAUUUCCCUGUGCUGUACAAUAUAUCUUUGUUGCUUAUUUACUUUAUUCAUAAUAGUUUGCAUCUUCUAAUCCCAUACCCAUGUGUAUAAGUGUUAAAUAUCCAUUAUCAUUUUAAUAUGAGUGAUUAGAUGAAAACAAUAAAAGUGUUAUUCAAAAAUAUAAACUAAGCACUACAUGGAAAUGAAAAUCUUUUAGAUCCUUUAUAAAGGUUAGUCUUUAAAUCAUGGGGCUUCCCUGAUUUCAUUUAGUUGUGAAUGUAUUUUUGUGCACAUUUUCUGUAGAGAUUUGUUUUAUUUUUACACCACAUAAAUUGGGAGAAUAAGGAAAAUAAUUAUAAGCUAGUUCCAGGUAUUUUUCUUUGGCUCAUUCAUUUUUAAGUAACCCCUUUUCAUUGAUAACUUAGAUGAGAUCUUUUUUCAAUUGUUUAAGAAUGUGCAGUCUGCUAAUACCAAGUUCUAGUUUUUUAUCUCAAAGUUAGGAUUUCUGAUUUGUCACCAUCUUCUUUGAUUUUAUCAUGUGUAUAGAGGUUCUGAUGCAGAAUUACCCAUAUAAAAACAAAUUCUGUUAUGUCAUA